CGUUCCCACACCCGAAACUUAAAUUCCAAGAAAGCCUGUUUACGUUCCGCAGUGACGCUAACAUCAAAUCGAAUCUCAGUCGUCCAUCCAACGAUUAAAAACCCGGCAACCACUGAAUAUCCACCAAUCAAAACACACCUCUCACUUCUUAUAAAUUCCCUGAGAAGCUUCAUUCUACAAUCUUCAUCUCAUUUUUCAUCGCUUCGAUCACCAUCACCAACCCAAAUCGUAUUUCUCUUUCCUCAAGAAUCCAUCUCCAAUGGCUCCUAAAGCAAACAAGAAACCUGCUAAUGCCGAGAAAAAGCUUCCUAAAGACGCAGCACCUUCGAGUGACAAGAAGAAAAAGAAGGCCAAGAAGAGCGCAGAAAGUUACAAAUCCUACAUCUUUAAAGUUCUCAAACAAGUUCAUCCUGAUAUUGGUAUAUCCGGCAAAGCGAUGAGUAUAAUGAACAGUUUUAUCAAUGAUAUGUUUGAGAAGUUUGCUCAAGAAUCAUCUCGCCUUGCAAAAUAUAGCAAGAAACCUACCAUUACUUCUCGCGAGAUUCAGUCUGCUGUAAGGCUGGUUUUGCCCGGAGAAUUGGCUAAGCAUGCUGUUUCUGAGGGUACUAAGGCUGUCUCUAAAUUUACUAGUAAUAGUUAGGUCUUUGAUUUGGUAAAUUUUAGGUUUUGCGAUUUCUGAUUUGUUAUGUCAAUUUUGAAAACUGGUGUUCUGCUUGGAAAUUGGAAUGAACAAACUAAUACUACUACGUAAUGUGGAUAUAAUAGUAACUCUGAUUUUUCUCAAAUUGAAUAUCCCCCAAUUCUUAACUUCGUUGAAAUUAGUUGUUAUAA